UCUUAGCGUGGGGGGACACAAAGUUUCCUACAAGUUAUAAAAGAUGAUGGAGACGGCGGGUCACAUUGUUGCUUUGCGAACACGUUUACAGUGGGGGGGGGGGGGGUGCAGGUACGCCGCUUCAACUUUUGUGCACGUCUUUGAUGUGCAGUUUGAGAACGCAGCUCAGCUUUUUAAUGCCAGCGGUAUAAACAAGGCAAGCAGUACGAGAAGCCAUAUUUGUAACUUUUGAUCCACGAACGCGCCCCUUUCCCCCCCGUUUAAAGCCCGUGUUGUUGUUAUGUAGUCGUUGGGUGAUGUGCUACCUGCAUGCUUUGACUGGGGAAUGCGUUUACCUACACAUUUUUAAGCCGUGCACUUGGCGCGUUUAGGAGGCGGAUACUCAAAGUCAUGACAUUAUCGAUGAUGCGUAAAGCUCAUAUAGCCUCGAAUUAUCGCUUUGCAGCUGCAUCCUACACCUAGAGCUGCUCAAACUGUUCCAGUCGGACGCGUUUAUUUCAGGAAGAGCAUUCAAACAUUGAAGCAGCGUACACUGGCGAGCCUGCAGCCCCGUGUGCAGCCUGCAACGGGAGCCACAGUGCGCACAGAUGGCCGAGAGACAGCGCCGUGUUAGCGGUGACCGUUAACCGGCCACCACGCAGAUAUGAAACGCAAUAACGCCCGCAUCUUUACGGUAAAAGAACUUGUUUUAGACAACUGUCGCUCAAACGAAGGAAAGAUCGAGGGUCUAACAGAUGAAUUUGAGGAGCUGGAAUUUCUAAGCACAAUCAAUGUUGGACUGACGACAGUUGCCCACUUGCCGAAGCUAAAUAAACUCAAAAAGCUUGAACUCAGCGAUAACAGGAUCUCAGGAGGGUUGGACGUUCUGGCGGCGAAAUGCCCCAACCUCACACAUCUCAACCUCAGUGGCAACAAGAUUAAAGACCUCAGCACAAUAGAACCAUUGAAAGAAUUGGGGACCCUGAAAAGCCUAGAUCUGUUUAACUGUGAAGUGACAAACCUGAACGAAUACAGAGA